UUUCCUUACUUCUUUCCUCAUUCAGCAACUCUCUGCUUCACUGUUCACUUCACUUCUCUCCUGUCCUUCUUCCCCAUCUAGCUCACACUAACAGAUUUGUUUAAGUUUGGGUCUUCUGAGCACUGGGCAAACGAUCUUCCCUGCAGAUAUUUUUCCUGUGAACAAAAAAUGAUCUCUCUGGUGUAUGCUGUUGUGGCGUGUAUAUAAGUGAAUAGUAUGCGGUGGCUGGGCCUAUCGAUUGAUGUGUUUCGUUAUGUUAUCUCCUUGAACCUAUAUUGCAGGGUGAUUCUGUAAACAUGUUUCUUCUGUGAACCUAUUCAGCCCUCACUAUCCUCCUUUUACUAGCUACCCAUGGGUGCCAAUCAUCUUUUUUUCUUUGCUUGUUUUAUCUAUAGGAUUAGCUAAAUAACCGAGUUUUAGAAACUAAAUUUGGUCUUCUUCUUCUUCUUCUUGUUAUGCCCAUCUUUGUUUCUUGUUGAAAUUUCCAAUUCCAUCACCUCUAAAGUCUGCCUCAAGUUAGCCCUAGGUUUCACAAAUUCAUCCUUGCUUUAGUUCAAUUCGACCUUCCGUUUUGUGUGUCUAAUUGUCUUGUGCUCCAGACUAGUCUUUUUGCAUAGAUUUUGAAGUUCAGUCCAGGAUUGAAAGAAGUUAUGGUGUGCCAAGCGGCAAGUCAGACGAGAUUUCGGGCCUUAAAACAUGAGACUGGGAUUGCAGGACAAGCGACGAUUAUAGUUAGAGUUAUAGCAUGCUUUCAACCAUUGCAGAAUUGCCAGGCUGAGUACUUCCGUCAAUUGCUUAAGCCUGUCACGUAAAUUAAGUUUGCAUCCACAAUAUUGCGUUAAGUUCGAGUUUACAGUCGUUUUCCUUUCAUUUUUAUUCAAUUCCUGAGAGAAAUUAGCUUUGGGAUAACAGCAGUCAAUAUCCAAGGUUUUCGUUUUGGCUGAAUUGAAUGGUUAUGGCCACCGAGCAGCAUCGACCUUGCUGGCACUAUCCUGCUUGGAAUUUACUCGAUUCAAACCAUGUUGCCACGCAUUUAGAACCCAUGCACCACACUAAUCUGCCAUCGUCUUUUAACUCUCAUGUAUUUACUGCAAAUGCUGUUUCUCAAGGGAUUUCGGCUUUGGUCCCUGGAUCACCAUAUUCGAGAACAAACCAGUUGAUUGGAGUUCAUGGUGUUCUCCAGCCAAUACCUACCCAUAUAAACUGCUCUUCUCCGAGCACAAACCCGUAUAUGAAUGAAUCUCAAUCUGCUCUUUUCCAUGGAAUUGGAAGAAAAGUUGUGCCAACUUCUGCAUGUGGGAAAAAAUUUCUCAUUUUUGAUCACUCUGGAGAUCAAACAAGGCUGUUUUUUAGUCCAUCGUUCCCUCCUCGGAAUGAGCUUUUGUCUAGAAAAACUUCUGAUUUUGAUGAUAAUGGUCUGGGGCAUGGAAAGUUGACAGCUCUCGUUGAGCACAGGUCUCCCGGGAAACUCAUUAUUCAAGAACAAUUGGAUAGGAGUUACAGUAACAGUUAUGGAAGCGAAAGGCCUGAAGACACAGAAGAAAUCAAUGCAUUACUCUACUCUGAUGAUGGGGAUGUUGAUGGCGAGGAUGAUGAAGUAACUAGCACGGGCCACUCCCCGUUCCCAGUUCAAGGGCGCUGCCACGAGCAUGCUCAAUUCGGGGAACUGACCGGGGACAUUGCUAGUAGUGAUGGCUCAUCAAAGAGGCAAAAGCUGCAUGAUGGUGGGUACAGGAAGUCAUCAUUGAAAGACACUGCAAGUUCAGUGCAACUGCGUAGAUCCCACAGGUAUGAUGAUGAUGAUGAUGACGAUACAGGAUCAAGUUGUGUUAAGGGCACCGAGUUUAAAGGUCAGGAACAAAGUCCCCAUUCCCACGCCAGCAAAAAGAAGGCUAAAAUCCACGAGAUGUUGAAAAUUCUUGAAACCAUUAUCCCUGGCCUAAAGAGCAAGGAUCCACUGUCCAUUUUCGAUGAAGCAAUAGAUUACUUGAAGCAUUUGAGACUCAAGGCUAAAGAGCUGGGACUCGAGCCCAGCCCUGUUCCACCCAGCAGUCCAUUGGAGGUGUCUGGUGCAGUUCUAGCAGAGGGUGAGGGCAAAAAAUGGGCUGAUCUUGAUUAUGUGUUUCCAAGAAAUGAUUAUUUUUAAGCUUUAAGGAUUUAAAGGCAUCACAUUUUAGCGCAUGGGUUAUGGAAGUGCAGUGCUGUGCUGUAAAUUCAAUGAAGAGCCCUUUUCUCCCCCCCAAAAAAGAAUCAAUUUUUCCCCAUGGAUUGAGUGCAUGCGCAUACAGUGAUUGCAAUGACAGGACCCACCUUCCAGCACCAAUCCAAUUUGCAGCUUCUUGAUGUUGUGUCUUUUGUGAAUCAUCAUCUUUUAUCUUCUUUGGUGGCACCGCCCUAAUGGUACAAAGAAGAGAGCAUACAGGAGUGAUGGCUUGCCUCCAUGAAAAGAUUUAUCAAGAAAGUUGGAUGGCCAUCAAUGAUAAGAUCUUGUCUUCAAAGUCUGGUUUUUUUCUUUCUUUCUUUUUUCACUUGUGAGCUUUUGUACUGUGAGUCCGUGAGUUGUGGCUUCUGGGUCUUUUUGAGUACUGAUGGACCCUCCCUGGGUCCUUCUGCUAUCAUUAUUGCUGUUAUAAUUGAAUGUUGAAUCUUUGUGGAUAUGGCAGUGUGCUUUUUUUCUAUGUCACUAAUAAAUUUUCACAGUAGUUGUA